CAAAGUAGUCUAAAACGACGGCGUGGUCCAAUCUCUUCCCCUUCGUACAAUAGCCUACUUUUCAGUUCCAAAUUUCAAACCUCCAUUUUCGUCCCAUUCUAAAUCUCACGAUCAGAGCUCCAAUUCCAACUCUAGAUUCUUUCAUCUCUCUCUCUAGCAUUAAACCACAGUUGAGCUCAAGAGUGGCUGAUUGUUGUGUUAUUUGGGAAAGAAGCUUGGUUGAACUAAUUUGAAAGUCUAUUUUAUUGUGGAAUGGAUAAGGACAAGGACAAUGACUAUGAUUUCACUUUUUGCAAGGUGGAUGUGCCUACUGCUCAAGAUGGUUUUGAAGCAAAGAAGCUUGCCUCGAAUAUCAGAAGUAUGGCUAUAACAGAUGAUAUUAGCAGUGGUGGUGUCCUUUGGAAAGAAAGAUUGCCAAAUAAUGCUUCUUCCAAGGAGGAAGCUGUUGGAUCUUUGUCUUUCAAUGUUAUUGAUACGGCAUCUCUAAAAAAUUCUAGUGAAUUGUCCAGACAAGCAGCAUCUAAGGAAGUUGGAACUUCAGUUAAAAAGUCACAAGAAACGAAAAUUUCUGCUAGGAAACCUGCAGCUCGAGCCAAGGUUCCCUUUGAAAAGGGAUAUAGCCAAAUGGAUUGGCUCAAGCUUACUCAAACUCAUCCUGAUCUUGCAGGAUUGAAGGGACAGUCCAAUAAAAGGCUUAUUUCUAUUAAUGAAGUUAAACAACACCAGAGUGAAGGUUCCAUGUGGACCGUUCUAAAAGGCCGUGUGUAUAAUUUGUCUCCAUACAUGAAGUUUCAUCCUGGAGGUGUUGAUAUGCUGAUGAAGGCUGUGGGAAAAGAUUGUACAUCUUUAUUCAAUAAAUAUCAUGCUUGGGUGAAUGCAGAAUUUUUACUGGAGAAGUGCCUUGUGGGUACUUUGGACGAGAGUCAGUGAAGACAUUUACAUUCCUAUAUUUCAUAAUUGGUUCUUUUCUCACCUUUUCCAUACUAAGCAAACUGUCAUCCAUUAUUUGCUUUUCUAUAGUGUAAAGUUACAAUGGCAGUGAUAUCUUUUUCUUUUCAUCUUCUCUCUUUCUCCCAUUUUCUUUUUUCUUUAGGGGGGCCAAUUACAUCAUAAGGUCUGGCCAUUGUCAAUUCAUGCACUUGAUAUUGAUGACAAAGUUCAAUGUGUUGUAGUAGAUUGACAAUUGAAAUAAGAAUCAGAUGAUGCAUAUCUAUGAAAUUUUUUUUAUGCUA